AUGUAUUUCCUUCAGCAAUUUGAGAGAGUUCAAAUUGCACAAUCUUCACUGAAAGAUCUGAGACCUCAGUCCCAACAGGAACUUCAGAGAGACAUUAAGUUUCAUAAGAAAAGAAGAAGAGCAUCAUGACAAUGAAGUAGCUGUUGCAAACCAAUUCAACUGGAAUACGAGCUUCUUGAUAGUAGUUAUCAUGGGAAUAGCAAUGAAAUCAGCCAAGUUGACAAAAUCAAGGAUGAAUUAGUCAGUAGUCAUGAAGAAAGCAGUCUCUUAAAUAUCCUCAAGCCUGAUACUUCUCCUGAAAUCUCACCCAUUCCACAGCCUAUAAAGAAAAGCGUCAAAACCAAAGAAAGCAAACAGAAAUUCAACAUCAACAGGAAAUUUCAUGAUUCUAAGCCGAAACAGAAAAGCUGUUCUAACAUCAACACAAAUCCAUUUUCGAACCCUGUAAUAAAAUAAUGAGAUGUUACACCAGAUCAGGAAGGAAAUUCAACAAGAAGAAGAGAAGAAGCAGGCUGAGAAACAAGCUGAGAAGGCAAAAUCUAGGAAUAAAACAAAGAUUAAGACUCAUAAGACAAAGCCACAGUUUGAUAUCAACUUUGACGGCCUGAAUGAACUUGACCUCAUGGAUAUGGAGUUCUUAGACCAGGUGGUGGCGACUCAGGAAUAUGAACACUCAAGUACCUCCUCUGGAGAAGACGAGGACCAAGAUCUUCAAACUAUUAUGGAGGUUAAAGAAGAUAAGAAGAAUAAGCCUAAAUUAAAAACUCGAAUUUUACCUCAAGCACCUCCUGUCUUAACACAAAUGUUAAACGAUGUUAAGAAGAGAACCUUAAGACUGGACAAAAUUCUUGAACAAAAACCAUCACCUGAGAGAAUUAAGAAAAUUAAGAAACUGUUAAAAAGAAAUAGACGAAGAAUGAGAAAACUCAGAAAUAAGAGAAAUAAAUCUAAAAAGAAUAAUAAAGAUCAUGAAGAACCAUUCUUGCCACAAGUGGGGGUGAAUACUAAGAAGUCUAAAUCCAAGCAUAAAGGGAAAUCAAAGCAAUCGAAAACCCACCGCAGUAAAGGAAAAGAUUUUGAAUCUUUCAAAUUUGCAUCUGCUUACGGACAAUUUAUGGCAAACCAGAAUACAAAGACAAAGUUCAGAUCUACUUAUUAUUCAAAUACUAGGACUGAUUACACAACUCCUUCUUUCCCUAUGUGUACUGCUAGAGGAGUCGUGCCAUCUCCUAUAGGACUAGAGUUAAAUAGUGAAGCAUUUAAGACAAAAAGCUCUCUAAAUUUCAUGAGCCCAGGAAAGGAUGCACCUCUAUCAACUAGAAAUGACGUACAUUACAGCAAAGAGAAGAUCGAGAGCAUGGAAAGAAGUCAGAAAUGCUUCAAACAUGUAAAGAGUAAUAAAAAGCUUCAACUGUACCUUCCUGGGUUGAACAACAGAAAUGGUAGCCCAAGGAAAUUCUCAAAGCUAAACCUGAACUCUUUGAAAGACUAUCUUCCUCAUUUGAAGUAAAUAUUGAGUGAUUUCAGUUAUAAUUUAU